AACAUCACGAUUCUGAUUUAUUCUCGUCAGCUUCUUUAGUCAAAUUUAAACGUAUUCAAUGUUUCAUCUUCCUGGAAAAACACUCACAAAACUGGAAAGUAACACUGAGCUUCUGCGUUUACUGUGCACAGUCACCAUAACCUGUAUGAUUAACCCCCAAAAAGAGCAACCCACGUGAUGGAAAGCUCAACGAGGAUGCAAAGGUGCGUGCUGUGACGUCACCGCGUUGCUUCGUUCUCGUGUCGCUCGGCCGGUCGCGCUCACAGAGCGCGCUCCUGCCCGGUGACCAUGGAGACGUCCGGGACUUUCCCAGAGUCGGCGCUCGGAGAAGGAUGCCGUUGGACGGACGAACCGAGGAGGUGGCACACAGGUGGACCGCGCGCGUGAGCCCCCCGGCGCAAGUGGUGACCACCGGGUGACGGGACGCAGGAGUCGUCUUUCGGCUCUGGAGACAGCGGGCACUCCGGCCACUUGCGCGACUUCAGCACUCAGAAGGCACGGGACGCGAGAUCAACGUUCAAAAGCCAUGUACUGUUCCUAUCCGCGGAGAGAUGGCAUGCGUGCUCCUCUUCAGUCGAACCCUCCCCGCCUCACACCGGCUAACGAGGACAUCCGUCUGCCUGCUGUCGCUCCUGCUGUCGUGCCUCUGCUACUGGGCUCUGUUCCCUGCCGAUACGCAGAAGUCAGGUGAUCCAACGCCCAGCUGCCGGCGCGCCCCGGCCAACGGGGCCAAAAGGCGCAUUCACAAAUCGCCGCCGUGCGUCUGGCCGCUGGGUGCGCGACCGAGCGGCAUCGACGCGUCGGACCGAGGACCCGCCGCGUCCCUCCGCGUCGACACGCCCAGUCCGCCGAUGGGCAACUUGAAGUUGGGCAAUAAAAAGUUACCGAACGCCAUCAUAGUCGGCGUGAAGAAGGGCGGCACCAGGGCGGUUUUGGAGUUCAUACGGAUCCACCCGGACGUGCGCGCGGCUGGCACCGAGACGCACUUCUUCGACAGGAACUAUGACAGAGGUCUGGAGUGGUACAGAGGUUUAAUGCCAAGGACUCUCGAGAGCCAACUCACCAUGGAGAAGACACCGAGCUACUUCGUGACCAAAGAGACGCCCCGCCGGAUCUCCGCCAUGUCCGCAGAUACCAAGCUCAUCGCGGUGGUGCGAGACCCGGUCACCCGUGCGAUAUCCGAUUACACUCAGACUUUGUCCAAAACCCCCGACCUAGCGAGCUUCCAGGACCUGGCCUUUAGAAACCAGAGCCUGGGCAUCGUGGACACGUCCUGGAACGCCAUCCGGAUCGGCCUGUACGCCCUGCACCUGGAAAACUGGCUGCGGCACUUCCCCCUGGCCCAGAUCCACUUCGUGAGCGGGGAGCGCCUCAUCGCCGACCCGGCGGGGGAGUUGGCCCGGCUGCAGGACUUCCUCGGGUUGAAGCGCAUCGUCACGGACAAGCACUUCUACUUCAACCGCACCAAGGGCUUCCCCUGCCUCAAGAAGCCGGAGAGCAGCGGCUCGCCCCGCUGCCUGGGCAAGUCCAAGGGCCGGACCCACGUGCAGAUAGACCGGGACGCCGUCGAGCAGCUGCGAGACUUCUACAGGCCGUACAACGUCAAGUUCUAUGAAAUGGUGGGGCACGACUUCAAGUGGGAGUAGAGGUCCGAGGGAUGUUUUCAAAUGGCACAGGAGGGAUUUAUGUAUUGCACACAGCUAGAACCGGUUUGCAUGCUUUGAUGUGACGUGUUUAAGCCAACUGUCAGCCGGUUUUCCAGACCCCUUUUGGAGUGAAACCCGCAUUAGCAGUAUUAUUUUUGUAUUAGUGCCACUAAUGAACAUUGCUAUAAACUGAGAUGACAUUGCUUGCGCGCCGGUUACGAUCAGCCUGCAUCAGCAUCCCGUCUGUCGCCAGGAUGCAGCCGUCAUUUUAGCCCACGCCAUCACGUGAGUUCUGUUAUUCGCCGACUAGAUUCCCAAUUUGCUGACUGGUUUUAUUAGAAAGCAAAAAAAGAGAAAAUUCCAGGCAACGGGAUUAGUUCCUCUUAAAACCUGCUUCACUAAUCACGGCAGGGCUUGAAAGCAAGACCUUGGAAAAUGUCAGCGAAGUCUUCGGGGAGGCGAAUUAAGCUGCCGCACUGUGGCGGUUAAUCUGAGAUGUAAAGCCAUAACGCAAGAGCGAACCGCCUCGCGUCCCAAACUGUUGGUCUCAUCAGUUUCUACACUGGGUGGAAGGUUUUUGGGGUCCUUCUUUGCAGUAAAUGAGUUCAUGCUCUGACAUGCAGCACUUCACUUGGUUCGCUGUGCUUUCUUUGCAAAAAAACUUUAUAUAUUUGUUACAAAACUAUUUAAUCAGCACUUUUGUCACAAAGCCCCUUCAUGAUGAAACAGAAGCACAGAUACGGUUUUUUGUUGUUGUUUGUUUUCUUAUCUAAAACGUUGACCUUGAUGUUGAAUUACCUGUUCAAUCCUUGAGUGAGAACCUCUUGGAAAACCGCUGAUUUAGUACCACACCUCCCUAUCUAGUCUGAAAAAUGAUUGUUUUUCACAGAUUAGACCACCGGCGGUUUUUACAUCCGUCGCCGUUGUUGCAGCCGAAAACCCUUUUGAGGUUUAUUGCGUCCUGCGAGGUGAGCUGUGUGCCUCGGCGUGGGCGGGAGGAAUCACAUCACAAAGAUGGAGCAGGGAACACCUCGUCGUGGCAGGUUAUCAAAUACAAUCUGGGACUCCACGUCGCAGUGAAAAGUUUGGAUUUGGUUACACAUGAAAUGAAUACUAAGACUGUCAGAGGCGGACUGAUACGAGGCCGUAACAACAAGCAGGGAUGUAUGAGAUGGUGUAAUUACUCCCACGAGUGGACGCUGUAAAUGGGAUUCCAAUCAUCACACGUCACCCUCAACGCUUCAGGUUGCACUUUGAAUUUUACGCUUGAGAGUGUUAUUAUUUCACCUACCGGUGAACACAGCCGUGUGUGCAUGAGAGAAAAUAAAAAACAGUUUUAGCAUUUGUGAGCAGAAUGUAAAACCAUUAACGACAUUUGCUCUCGAGCCGGUCUCACUUCCAACUCGCCUGGUGCAGCUCACUAUGUGGCAGGAAGUCCAUCCUGUGUAAACGCAUCACCUUAUUAUUAGAUAAUCGCUAACUAUCCCAGCAAUGAUUCCAUCAGUGUCGUGGAAGCGGACGUAGUGUGCGGACUCCUCGCUCGGGUACAGAAAUACAAAACAGCAGAAAGAGCGUUUCAUCUUUUAAUAUCGAAUCUGUUUCCUUGACUAAUAAUAACGAUUUCCCUGCCAGUGCAAUGUGGGACCCGACGGUUCUCCGUGUUAUCGUCGUACCUCAGACGCGAGGUACUUUUAUCCGCUUCGACAGUACUGAGGACCCCGUUGACGUUCCUGUGUAACACUUUGAAGACUUCUUGGUGUUUGACAUCCAAAUAAAGAGAGCUCGGGAAGCGUAAAGUCUGCUCAGACUCUCUCCUCAUUGUGGAGAGACCCCCUCUCUCUCUCUCUCUCUCUCUCUCUCUCUCUCUCUCUCCCUCCCUCCCAGCAUUCAUUAAACCCACACAACCUCCGGGUGGGGCAAACACAGGCGGUGUGGCUGCACCGCCACCGAUGCCCCUUCUUGUCAUCUUCGGCUCCUUUUCUGUGGCUCCCUUUGUCCCCCGAGCGCACACAGGUGAGCUUACAGAGAGCUGCAGCUCUCUGCAUCGCACACAUGGGUCCUAAUUAGGCCCGAGGUCUGGAGAGAAGAACCCCCCCCCUCCCACCCCCCCCCACCUAGAACAAGCUCCAGCCAGUCUAAUCAGACUGAAGGCUCUCCAGAGACGGUGUGCAGGUCAAAUCUCUCUCUCUCUCUCUCGUUUCCUUUUUCUCGCUCACAUAUCAACACACUCAGCUCUAUUUUCAAGUGAGAAUUCCCUCAGAAACCAGCGAUGCAAAUCAGGAGAUCUUUUGCAUUUUGAAACACAACAAAGUGACCUGUUUGCACUGCAGCUAAUUAGAUGCUUGUUAAGCUUAGUGAGUAUUUGUUCAAACUAAUGUGUGGAUAUUAUGACGAUACAUUUUUUUACUCGCUGAUAUUAAUAUAACUUUAUACAUCGCGUUGAACGUUUUGAACAUGUGGAUUUUGGGAUCCGUGGCAUAAAGCAGCGGCGUCCUUAUUUAAUGCUCAAAAUACUUGAAGAAGCUGCAGGGAAGCAGAACGAGUGUUGAUGCACGAACAGGACAGGAUCUGACACAUGUUGUUCUUUGUAUCUUCCCGUUUUAAAAGAAGGCUUAAAGCUCUCUUGAUCAUCAUUUUUAAUCUGCUAUUGUUUAAUGCUUAAAGCAGCAAAAUUGUUUGUCUACGUGUGGAAAUCUAAACAAAAAAUGAUCAAGCAUGGUGCAUGAAGAACUCAAUAUAUUCUUUAUAUUUAUAUAUAUAUUUGUCACCCCUGAUGUUCCUCACAUGCAUCUAUAACACAGUUCAUCUGCAGAACCCUGUUGGUUGAUGUCACUUCAAAUAAACACUAGGAUUUCUAAUGAGCCUCAAAAUGAAACAUAAGCAGUCGGAAAGAAACAUUUCAAAAGAAAUCUGUCCGUGACAUGUACAUUUUGAGGCCAUCAACAAAUGACUGUCAACAGAGCAAUAAAAAAUGUUUUCCUGCGG